CUUGUUUGUUUGCGUGCCGUAUCAUCUGUCAUGGCGUGCCCGUGGCGGGUUCGCGAUCCACAAUUUUUUGCCACUGCCGUCUCGAUUAAAACAAGUGACAGCAGCGGGCCGGUUAUCAUCAAGAGCCCGCAGGCUUUCCACAUAUUUCUUUCCUAAUACCAUCGGCGGCUACCUUCCGUUUUCUUUCUAUAUUUCUACGUGAUAUUUCGCGGCUCGCGCCUAACGGGGUGAGAAGGGAAGGAAGCGCCGAUGGCGGCGAGCGUGUUGUGCCACGCGCCAUGUCUGUCUCCUCUUUGCGCACGUCGUUCCCGUCUAUCCAUCUGUUUGUCCCUCGACUGGCACGGCUGUCAUGCUCGCUCUACUACUCCACUUUCUUGUUGUUUCCCAAGUUUAUCCACAUUCUGACAUGCAAUCCUCCAAAAAUCCUUUUGUUCUCCAAUCCAGAUUCAUAGUCGCCCUUACACGGCUGUCCUAUAUAAACAUAAAAAUUCCACGCCGGCCGAGAAACUCUUGCGUAGCCUCAUUUUUUCUUUUCGUUCUUUUUUUUCCAUCAAAUUCGCGUGAUGCGCCACACGGGACACUUGCAUCCCUGUUGCGCGUCCGUCCACAAUUUAUUCUCGGACGCUCGAUUAUGUUGACCGUCGUCCGAUAAUGUGACAGUAGUCAUCUGUUAGAAUAUCUACUUAACUGCAUAAACAAGGGCUUUAUCUUCCGGGGGGCGCCUAAACUUGGCAAAUUUUCUUCUACGAUAUGACUCCAGUGAACGUUGGGUCACCCCUACUCUACUGCCUAUAUACCGUACCGUUAAUGAUUGGCGUUCUAACUGUACGAAUCUUCGCAGAAACCAGUGACAGUAGAAAUGAGAUUGAAAGUUUGGGAUCACCAGAUUUCCUUUGUGAUUGCAGUGAAAUAACGAGGAUUGCACAAGAGAGAAAAUGCCGGAUUAUACAUAGAGAUUUAAAGACGAAUGAGCAAGAGAGAGAUAGCUUUCUUUUCUACGUUGGAAAGAAAAUUGAAGCGCAGCAAAAUUACAACUGCCAGCAAGAGAUUGCAGUAGGAAAGGACAGAAUGUUUAGUUUUCAUAAGCCAAAGGUGUACCGGUCUAGUACUGGUUGUUGCAUCUGUAAAGCAAAAUCCAGCAGUUCAAGAUUUACGGACAGUAAAAAGUAUGAAGAGGAUUUUAUGGAAUGUUUCCAACUGGAGGAGCGUCGUACUGGAGAAAUAUGCAAUGCAUGUGUACUGCUUGUCAAACGUUGGAAAAAGUUGCCUGCUGGGAGUAAUCGCAACUGGAGACACGUUGUUGAUGCUCGCGCAGGACCAGGAAUUAAAUCCCUGACGAAGUUCAAGUCAAAAAAUAAAAAGAAACAAAAGGAAGUACCAGAAAAGAUAGAGAAAAUUAUGAAGAAGAAACAUGUGUACUUGAAGCCUGAUCGAGAUAGGGAGCAAAGCCCAGCAAUGAGUGACGAUUUAACUGAGGACUUUUUACCUGGUACCGGAAGCAAAGGAUCAAGCAGAGCGGGAAGUCCAGCCGAAAGUGAUGACCAUCCAACAGGCGAGAAAAGACUAGUUUUGGAACAAGAUGACAUCAAAGAUCAGCUCCCAGUUAGCAGUUUCAUUGACUUAUCUUACUUUAAACGCGAAACGAUUUGUUGCGGCAUAAUAUUUAAGGGUCACUAUGGCGAAGUGGUGAUAGACCCCACUCUGAUAAAGCCCUGCAUAGGCUGCCUGAAAAGGCGACGAGAACGACAACAACAGGCAAGCGCACUUGGAAGCAGCCCAUCGCACAGUUCAGCAUCAGCAAGUCCCGUUCACAGUUCAGCAUCCGCUAGUCCCGCUCACAGUGUAGAAUCCACUGCCGAGCCGACUGUCCCAAAGCCAACCAGCAAGACGUUCAGCGACUCUUCGUCAGACUCUGGUUACGACGAGUCUUCCAACCAAGGAGUUGGUGAGAGUAAAAUUGCCAAAAUCAUUCAAAACUCAAGCUCCACCGUUAAGCCCGCCGUCAAGGUUCAACCCAUCAAAAGUGUUCAGUUGAAAAGUAUCCCGACAUCGGAAGCUGUCAGGUUAAAAGCCGAAAUGCCAAUUAAGUUGGUACCAAUAAAGCAGGUUGAUCAGCUGAUAUGCAAGCCGCUAUCUCUCGUAUCGUCCGCUAAUGUUACCUUGAGCAGUAGUACUUCGCACCCCAUUGUCAGUGUUCCAACAAAUCCACUGGUCGACUUCGCUAUGCACGCCUCUUCCAGGCAAUCAGUCUCCAAUUAAUGUCGAUCUCUCGUAGAGUUUUAAUUUAUUUUUUUUUGUCCCUCAUCUAGUUAGGUGUACUACGUUAUGACAUUGACUUACCUAUUACGUGAUUACUAUCACUGUCCCAGAUAGCAAGGGCUAUGGACGGGCGUGUCUGAAAUUUUUAUGAGGUCAAAGACGAAUUAUAGAGUUUAUAACGUUACGAAUGGUGAUAAGUAAAUUCUUAUAAUUUGUAUGACUGUUAUAAGAUUGCGGUACGAAGGUAAAGCCACUUGCGGUUCGUUGCUCGCUCAGAAAAGUUCAUUCAUUAAAUGGUUACUUAGCGAGCUCGAUCCUACUGUCCUAUUUACAUUCUAAUGGAGAGAAUUACGGAACAAGGCAAAGUCAGCCUCCUCCGUGCUUCUCUACUGGAUCCAAUUGUAAACAGGAAAAUAAUAAGGGCAUUACAUUCCUACUACGUACCGCUUUGUAGCAUACCUAUUGCUUAUAAACUGCCACAAUCCACGAUUGUCAACUUGCCACGAACCUUAAAGAAAUAUUAGUGCGUGGUAAGUUUUCAAAUAAUCUAUAAGUCUAAUAAUUAGCGACAUACAUCAAAACACUGUGAUGAUAUUGUAAAGUUAUACGAGAUAGAAGAUUUUAACUUGGCCUGUGGCAGUUUUCGCGCGGAUGACGAUCGUAUUUAUUUUCGCUUUAAUCUUUAACGAAAGAAAAAACUUCGUGUUGCAGUGCAAAUGACCAAUACUACCCAUCCACGGCUUUUCAGUUCUCUGGGUUAUCCUGUAUUUUGCAAUUAUAUAUGUGAAUAUUAUAUAGGUGUUCCGAGAUGCCAAUCAAUUUUCUAGCGUUUGGGUCCAAAACAAAAAAAAAACAAUAUAGAGCGAGAAAGACAUGGCAUUGAUAGUUAAAGAGAUUUAAAGAAAAAAGGAUAAAAGAAUGAACGGAAGCAAAACUCAAUUCUCUUAGAGUCGUUAUUUCUACAUUAAAAAAAAAAAGGAAACAGAUGCAUCUCACGAUGCCAAUUGUGCGAAUCAUGCGAAACUCCAUGACACUAAAGCUAUAGGUGACUAAACUUAACAAUGUGUUCAGAUACUGUAAUUCUGAUCCCAAUUAUAGCAAUAAUAAGAGUAACUUAAUUAUAACGUAAAAUGAUGAAGUCUGUCAAGUAACGUAACUGCGCGUUACGAAAUUAUAUAUUUAGGCAGUAUUAUACCGGAGAGGGAAAAUGAAUGAGAAUAAGGCAAUCAGAUUGGCUGACUGGACCAACAGACUUUCUUACUGAUAACUUCGCGUUAAUUGCUGUGCGCUACGAAUGUGAAUUAUCGCUGACUAACGAAGAGUACUGUUUCUAUGUGUGACAUAAAAAAAUUAAUGAUAAAUAGUUAAGAAAUGUUAGUUCCUAGUUUCUCGUGAGAUGGGCACACAAUUAACGAACAAAAGCACAAGACGAAGGUACCUGUACCACAAUGUUAGAUAUCCUUGGAUUUCAAUUCAAAUUGCAUAAUGCGCGCGCAUACAGUCACGUGAUCGCAUGCUUUUCGUUCAAGUUCAAGAUCCUUGAGUCUUCUAGAUAUAUUCGAAUUUAUCACAGAGAUUCUCAAGCUUAACUGAUUCUCAUAUCUUUUGCCCCGAAACAUUAUUAUCUAAUUGGAGAUCUCUCGAGACAUCUUGUCAGAAUUAUUUUAUACCAAUCUGUGUAAGCGUUUUUCAAGUGUCACCAUAUGUAUUCGACUUACUUGGUCAUGAUUUUUUUCUUGUUUUUUUUUUCUUGUGGGAUUUUUUAAUUUCUGCCAAAAAUCUCCCUGAAUAGAGACUUGCUAAAUUUUUGUUUCAACGCUCCCACUGUCUUUUGAAUGAACUUCAUACAAGAUGUCUCCGGGUGCUCGCAUUUAUUUUGACAGCUGGUUACACAAAAUGGCUGCUGCCCAUCUUAUUACUUAGGCUCAUUGACAAUCGCAAUGCGGCGAAGGAAACAGUGAAGUUCCUUCGUUUGGAAUCAAACAUCGAAUUUAUAAUCUGUCGGACGACGAUGCCAGGCGCCUUGUCUCCCGACAUAUUUGAAUUGUAUAUUUGCUUCGAUUAGGAGACUCUAUGAUCUCUUUACUGUGAAUGCUCGGAUAAUAACUAUAUUCUCUUAUCGUCACAGUAUAAUUAACAGGUAUCGCGAUUAACUGUUGAAUCGUAAGCAGCAAUGACGGAUAAUGAAAGUGCACAGUAUCUAUAUAUCUAUAUUUUCAUUUUUAGACGUAUUUACAAGCCCUUUGAAUUUAUUUAAAGCCUCGCAUAGCGCGUAGCAGUUUUUCUUGAUUUAUUUUUUUCUAUAUUUUUCACUAAAAAAAAAAGAGAGACAGUCACAGUCUGCUUACGAUUCGGUGCGGUUCUGAAGAGAAGCUAAAGAACGACCGCAUUUAAUCGAUAAAUUAAUUUAUUUUGUAAACCUGUUUAUUUUGCAAUAUUUAAUAUUUCUUUUUUUUUUCCUUCCUUUAUAAAUUUAUAUAUUUUUUUAUUUACAGAUUAUAAUUCAAUUUCGUAUAUUGUAGAGGUGUACGCACUGCCAGGUUAGGGCAAUGUUUGAUUCCAGGUCAAUCUGCUGGCAAUAUUCUGAAAAUUAUUUAUUUUCAAUUAUUUUAUAUUAAAUUAUAAACGACUAUAAGUACUUUUUAAGGCCAGGUGCAAGAAAAACCACAGAUUGACUAGACACUGACAAAACGCAUGUCACAUUGCACAUCUGAUAAAGUGCCCUGGGUCAAUCUGUGGUACGCGUAGCAUCUUGAUAAUUACUAUAAUUAUGUAGCAUAUAGGUAGAUUCGAUACCGGCGUGCAUUUUCAAUGAAAAACGACGAAGAGCAAACCAAAACCAAUCACAUGUGCUAGUUUAUGUUAGUUGAGCAGCAGCGUGUAUUCGCGCGGCUGCCCCACGUCUAAAAUUCUAAAAAUUCAUCGUGCAUCGUCAGACAUUUAAUUACGUUCUUUCUACCGUCAAGAACUGAACAUUGUAUUGCGUUUAAUUAAACAUUAAACGCGCCAAGCGUCCACGGACAUGCGAUAAUGUUUGAAUAAAUAAGUAAUAGACAUAAUGGGGAGACACUUUGUGAAUUAUUGGGAAUUCCUCGCGAACUUAAACCUAUUGGUUCUGUUCUGCUACCAAGCUACACCAGUCGCUGAUAAGAAAAAAUAUUUUUUAAUGUGUGCCAGAUAAUCUAUCAAUAUUGAACGUCACGCUGUAAUAAUCUUUUCCCAAUUUCGUCUAAGCUUAAUUAAGGGUUGUAAAAGUUCAUUGUUGUGUGCGAUUAGAAGUUUUAUUGUAACGAGAAGAAAGGAUAACGCAAGCUGCAUAGAUAAUUUUUUUAUUAUAAAUUUUUUUUUCGAAAAUUAUAUAUAUAUAUAUAUAUGCAGCCUGCGUUUCUAUAGUUAAUAACGGUCACCUCGAACACGUGCAGUCUCAGAAAUCUGUUACCUCGGUAAGAUCCGCAUAUUAUACUCUCAGGAAUACAGGAUAAUUGUAAUUCGAUAAUCUUCAACGCAUUAUUCACAAUAUAUCAAUUUAAUUAUUCAUCUCGUUCUGAUAUUGACGCUCUUGCCUGGGAUACGAAUUGCUCAUUACUCAAUCCGACAAUACCUGACAGCUUCCGUUAACUUGGGAUGACUAAAGAAGAGAAAAAAUCAUUAAAUAUCACACUUACAUUUUCUUAUGAACUGUAACAUUAAUUUGGGUACACGGUACAGUUGCUGCUCCAUGAAAUUUCCUAUGCAAUGAAUUUUCAACGAUUUUCAUAUCGGUGUUUGAUCAUAGUAAUGAAACGUGGAAGUGCAUUUUUGUAUGUUAAUUAACCGAAAGAAAAAAUACCAAGAAAUUCGUCCAUCUUCCAAUGACUUUGUUUGUCGCUCUCGGGCAAGGUAUAUAUUGACCAACCAUGUAAAUAUGUAUUUAAGCUCAGCGAAAGAAGGAAUGAAACAGAAAAAGGAAUAAUUGAAAACAAAGUUUUAUUAUAUCGUACUCUCCGAUCGCACUCUGUAAAGGAUGAACGUAUUCGUUAUCACAGAAUGGAAAAAAGAAAAAAAAAGAAAAGUAAUUACGUUCAAGUCGUAGAACGUUUCUGCAUAUAACCAUUUCGACACGAUUGUGAGACUGAUCGAUGUGUAUUGAACAGAUUAUUUUUUAUUUACAAUAAAACUUAUAUAUAUAUAGGUGAGUGAAUCUUAAAAAGUCUUACAAUGUAUGAGGACACUGAGAGAGAGAGAGAGAGAGAGAGAGAGAGAGAGAGAGAGAGAAAUGAAUAAUAUUCUAACAAAUAACAAACGAACGACUGCCAUAAUUGUAAUCUCGUUAUCUCGCCGAUUAUCGUAUAUCGUAUAAUAAUUGUACAUAUUUUAUAAGAGAGUUAUAACGAGAUUAAUUCUCCAACAGCUCAACUGGCGCUGUAAGGCAGAGCCACUAAAUGAGAUUUCAUUUCUUCUAAUCAAACUAUACAUUAAUAAUGGCCGUUCGAUCGUUGAUAAACGUGAGAGGCGUGAUCAUACGUUAUAACUCAUAUUUCUCCUUCUUUGUUGCUCUUUCUUUAAUUCUUCACCUAAAAUCAAUGUACAAUUGCAAUUGUAAUAAACACGUUUAUUGCUAA